CAAAAUACUCGAAUAUAAUGCCGUGCUUGGGGCCAUUCGCCGAAGCAGAACCGAAAGGGACUGAAUAGGUCACUUCUCUGCUUCUGCUCUCAUGUCACGUACACCUGUAGGUAUAUUCUGGGAUUACGAGAACUGUCACUUCACGGGAGGCUGCUCUGGCUUCGACAUCGCGAAGAACAUUGAGCGCGUCGCACUCCCUCAUGGGAGCGUUACAGCAUUCAAUGCCUACUUGGACCCGCAGCUGUGCACGAUAUCCAACAACUUGCGCUCGGAGCUUCAGUCGUCGGGCGUUGCGCUAAUUGACUGCCCUCACAAUGGGCAGAAGAAUGCGGUCGAUCAGAUGCUGCAGACGGACAUACUGCUCUUCGCCCUCGAUAACCCUGCCCCAGCAACCCUCGUCCUCAUCUCUGGCGACCGUGACUUCGCCUACACGGCGGCUGUCCUCCGCCGUCGACACUACAAUGUCAUUCUCAUCUGCCGCUCGCAGCCUGGCCCGCACCGAAGCCUGCUGUCCCAAGUGGCUUCGCACGUCGAUUGGGCCACGGAGAUACUGGGCUUCAACGAGCCUGAGUACGAUGUCAGGCGCCGUCCACCGAUGCAGUCGCCUGCUUCGCCAUCCUCGGGAGGCCCACGGCAUGUGCAAUCGCCAUCCAUGAGCGCGCGCAACCUCGAAAGACAGGACGUAACACCAUCAACACCGGGUCCAGAUCAGGCUUCGCCACGAAGGGAUCGGUAUUCCAGAAGUGCUUUUCCUGCAGUAGUCUCUGCGGAGGUUACGUCUGUUCAGCCAUCAAGAUACCAAUCCCCCUCCAAGCCCGACAUCAGGUCGGCGAAUCCACCGUCGAUGGACCCAGAGCCUGCGACGAGGAAGCAGACGCUGCUGCCUUCGGUUCUGUCACCCUCGGAAACGCCUGCAGUCCGACUGGCAGGGACCUCCAGAGCUGCGCCCGCUGCUCGAGUACCAUUGGCCAGUGCAGUCGAUAUCCCCUCACACUCUCUCGGCACUUCAGCCAUACCAGCAUCGGCGAUACCUUCGGAGCCAACUUUACCACCACCGCCACCACCAGUCCUUCCUGCCGCUCCUUCACAAUCACCGCACCUACGGUUCGAGCCUCUCAUUCGAAUCUUGCGCGCCUACUUUGAAGAAGGCGAACCUUUCCCAAAGGUGUCCGCAGUGGGUAUCAAGCUUAUAGGAAUCGAUGUCAAUGCCUGUGCGAAGGCUGGUGCGAACAACUUCAAGGAAUACUGCUCGAUGGCGGCUGCCCAAGGCAUCGUGCUGUUAGACGGGGAUGGCGCCAAGGAGUGGAUAUCCCUGUCCGGUCUAUAUACAGCCGCAGCUGAAGAUGAGGAGAAUGCACCAGAGAUCCCCUCGCCGGAGACUUCCGCCAAGUUGGGAGCAGGAGGACCUGUGCCGUUGUAUGAUUUACCCUCAGCCGCCUCGACACCAUCCGCAUCUUCCACCUCCAUCCCUUCCACUCUUUCGUCCGACACAGUUGCGGCUGCCGCGGCGACAGCAAAUGCUUCAGACCUCGACGAUGCAGUCGAAGGCGCAGAAGGCAUCAUGCAGGGCGGUCCCGCAACCUCUCCCGCAGUACAGCAGGGGCAAUUUGCGUCAUCCCCCUCGUUCUCCGCAUCGAACAACGCGCCUCCAAUGUCGGCCAACUCGCCCACUUUCCCUGCUCAUUUCCAGUCGCUGAUGGACGUCAUGCGCUCGCUCUACGCUGCGGGCAGCUCACGCCCGCGUCGCAAAGAACUCAGCGGCCGACUACUUCGCGCCGAUAAGGACGUCUACCAGAAGGCCGGGCUGCAGAGCUUCAAGAACUACAUCGCCGCAGCCACCGCCGCGGGCCUCGUCGUCCCCGGCGGCUCGGGCUCGGAAGCGUACGUCGAGCUGACGCCAGCCUACGCGGAGGAGGCGGAGGCGAUCGAAUUACCACCGGUCGACGACCCAUCGCUGCCGCCGCAGUUUGUACCGCUCGUGCAGCUGCUGCAGGCGCAGUUGAGGGCAGGGUAUACGAAGUCGAAUCGGCAGGUGGUGAAUACGAUACUUCGCAAGCGACAUCCGACGUUGUAUGGGAAGUUGUCGAAGGACUGCAAGGACUUUUCCGACUAUGUGUACCGAGCGAGGCGCGCGAAUAUCAUCACCACGGGCGGUGGUGAGGGAGACGAAUCGCCCUGGAUCAUGUUGGACAACAGGUGGAAGGCGAAUAUCUGAACCUCUUCCACCUGAUAUCGCUGUACUUAUCGUCUAUCUAUCCUCGCAAGUGUUGUACACGUAUGUAGCUUGGACCAUCUGCUCAACGAGAGGUCCGUCGUAUAGAAUAUCUGCCGUUCGAGCGCUCGCACAGGACGUCCUGGUCUACGAGGUGCUCGAGCGUCUGUUCGACCUGCCAGCUGUGUAGAUAUCGCCACCGGUCGUCUCGCUGCAUGAGCGCGAUGACGGACUCCUU